UCCUAAGGACUGAGAACUGGGAGCCAAUGGGAAUGAGAGGAGCUGGUGACGUAUAUUGUUGGCGCCGGAAGUGUGCGCUUUGGCGUGUGAGGCGUCGGUGCUGAAGCUCGUUCCGACGUGGUCCCUCUCCCGGCGGCAUGUCGAGCUUCCGCGGGCUCGGGCUGUCGGCCUGGCUGGCGGAGCAGGCGCAGCAGCUGGGCAUAGGCCGCCCCACCCCGGUGCAGGCCGCCUGCAUCCCGCCCAUCCUGCAGGGUCGCGACUGCAUGGGCUGCGCCAAGACGGGCAGCGGCAAGACAGCUGCGUUCGUCCUGCCGGUCCUGCAGAAACUCUGUGAGGAUCCCUAUGGUAUAUUCUGCCUGGUGGUGACACCCACACGGGAGUUGGCCUAUCAGAUUGCUGAACAAUUCCGUGUUCUGGGGAAGCCACUUGGCUUGAAGGACUGCAUCAUCGUUGGAGGGAUGGACAUGGUGGCCCAGGCUCUGGAGCUCUCCCGUAAGCCUCACGUUGUCAUUGCCACACCUGGCAGGCUGGCUGAUCAUCUCCGCAGCUCCAACACCUUCAGCCUCAGAAAGAUAAAGUUCCUGGUUUUGGACGAAGCUGACCGGCUGCUGGAACAGGGCUGUACUGACUUCACCAAGGACCUGGAGGUGAUUCUGGGGGCUGUGCCAGCGACCAGGCAGACGCUGCUGUUUAGUGCUACGCUGACAGACACACUGAAUGAGCUGAAGAGCCUCGCCAUGAACAAACCCUUCUUCUGGGAGUCCCAGGCCGAAGUGCGGACCGUGGAUGAGCUGGUGCAGCGCUACCUGCUCGUGCCGGAGAAAGUCAAGGACGCGUACCUCGUCCAUUUAAUUCAGACCUUCCAGGAUGAGCACGAGGACUGGUCCAUCAUCAUCUUCACCAGCACCUGCAAGAACUGCCAGAUCUUGAACAUGAUGCUGAAGCAGUUCAACUUCCCGUCAGUGGCUUUGCAUUCCAUGAUGAAGCAGAAGCAGCGCUUUGCAGCCUUAGCAAAAUUCAAGUCCAGCGUCUUUAAGAUCCUCAUCGCCACUGACGUGGCUGCCAGGGGCUUAGACAUUCCAACAGUCCAAGUUGUCAUCAACCACAACACCCCAGGCCUGCCGAAAAUCUACAUCCACCGGGUGGGCCGGACGGCCCGUGCAGGCCGGCACGGACUCGCCAUCACGCUGGUGACGCAGUACGACAUCCACCUGGUGCAUGCCAUUGAGGAGCAGAUCAAAACGAAGCUGCAGGAGUUCUCGGUGGAGGAGCGUGCGGUACUCAGCAUCCUCACCCAGGUGAACGUCACCAGGAGGGAGUGUGAAAUCAAACUGGAGGCGACGGAUUUUGAUGAGAAGAAGGAGAUAAAUAAGCGGAAGCAAAUGAUCCUGGAAGGAAAGGACCCGGACUUGGAGGCAAAGAGGAAGGCGGAGCUGGCCAAGAUCAAGAAGAAGAACAAGCAGUUCCGUGCGAGGGUCCAGCAGACGCUGCAGGAGAAGAAACAGCUUCAGCUGAAGAGGAAGCUGCAGAAGAAGGCGCGUCGGCAGCAGAGACGGGCGGCCAAGGAGGAGACGUGAGAGCCCCAGGCGCUUACAGCUGGGGAGCGUGGGAGCUGCUGCCCAGGGCUCUGCCUAGCCCCUAGAGACCAUGUGGCAGGGGUGGUUGAUGUGGAAGCUUCUGACUUGAUGUUGGUGUUUGAAGGGAGGGGGAUCACCCUGCCAGUGUAACCCCUUCUCCUUCCCCUCCAGAGACUCAGCUGCUCUGGCCCAUCCUUCUGCCUGACACGGUCUGGAUGGGGCUCAAGGGGUGUCACUCCUCAGCCCCCCACGCCCAAAGGAGGGAUCCAAACUCUUCUCCCUUGGGGAGCUGCUCCUGCUCAUGGUGAUUCUCGGUUUCUCACCUGCUCCCACCCUUCCUAGGGCUGGUGCCUGCUACUCCCUCUUGUUUACAUGGGCAGCUUCUCCCCAAGUCAGAGUCUAAAAACCCUGACCCAAGUCAGCUUGUUCCCUGGCUUCCUGGCGGUGUUCUGAGAGGGUAGCAGCUAAUAGAGACAGGGGAGGGGCUCCAUCAGGGAGGCUGAUCUGGUGUGUUUUGUGAUAAUUUCCCUUCCUCCUAAUUUGUGUGACCCGUUAUCCGAACCCUGUUUAUCCCAAGGUCCCUCUGAGCCACAUUUCAGAUCUGUCCCCUGACCUGCAACUCCAGAUGGCUCCCCAGCCCCUCUGCCCCAGUCAGCCACGUGACCAUCCCAGGCUCCUCUUCCCUUCCAGGAACGGAGGUUUCCCUCCCCAGAGCCUGGUUUCAAUCCCAGUAUCCAACUCGACCAGGUCAGAGGUCUUUGAUUCACGUCUGAACAGGAUUCUCUGGCCAUCUCGGGAGCAAAUAUCCUUAGCUCUGAACAACCCACAGCAGUUUGGAUUCUGCUCCCUCCCUCCCUGACACCCCCACUAGACUCCACGGAAUGGAUGCUCUGGUUUGCACCCUGCCCAAUGAAUAAGUGACUCUUGCACCAAGAAUGGCCCCAGAUGUCCCAUUGUGAGAACUUGACCAAGUGCACAAGGAUCAGCGAACUUUAAACUCGAGGGAUGGGGUGGGUGGGGGGUGUGCCAUCAGGGACUGUGCUUCCCUCUGGAGCCUCAGAACUAAUCACAGCUCUAUGGUGGGGGGGCUCAGCUCCCGUUGCCUGGGCCCAUCAGGGAAGGAAGUUAUUUCUGCUUUGGUGAUGGGGGAUGUUUUCUGUGACUAGCAUCUUCCCUGCCCCCAAGAAAUAUUUAUUUGCAAUAAAUAACUGGGAGUCUGGACUC